UCCACUCCUUUACCUCCCAUUGCAAUAAGUUUAGCAGUCAUGUUCCUUUUAGGAGUAAUAUUUAUGCAAAAGAAGAACAAGAGAUACCCUCCAGUUGCCGGAACCCUCUUCCACCAACUGAAAUACCGCCGCAAGUUGCACCAUUAUAUGACAGAGCUUGCAUGCAAGUACAGAACUUACAGGAUGCUUGGCUUUUUUAGAUACACAGUCUACACGGCAGAUCCUGUAAAUGUCGAAUACGUGCUCAAAACAAAUGUUGCUAACUAUGGCAAGGGAUAUUACCUGCAUAGCAUUCUGUAUGAUGUGUUGGGCGAUGGGAUCUUUUCUGUGGAUGGGGACAAAUGGAGGCAUCAGAGGAAGGCAUCAAGCUCGCAAUUCUCAACCAAAGUACUUAGAGACUUCAGCAGUGAAAUCUUCAAGACCAAUGCAGUCAAACUUGCUAGCAUAAUUCAUGAAGCUGCAACCUGCGGCAAAUCAAUAGAGAUGCAAGUUUUGUUUUUGCAAUCGACCUUGGAUUCAAUCGUCAAGAUUCUACUUGGUAUCGAUCUAGAUACCAUGUCUGCAACAAACAAUGAAGGUAUCCGGUUUGCCAAUGCUCUUGCUUAUGCAAGCGGAUCUAUCAUUUAUCGUGUUGGUGAUGUCUUUUGGAGGAUCAAACGGUUCUUAAACAUUGGUACGGAAGCAGCGAUAAGAAAAAAUAUGAAAGUGUUGGAUGACUUUAUAUACAAUUUAAUCGACAUAAAGAUUGAAAAACUCCAUAAGUCAGAAGAACAAUACGAGCAACCUUUGAAGAGAAGAGACUUUAUCUCCAAACUAUUGGAAGCUAAAGAGACUGAUCCAAAAUACUUGAGAGACAUGGUCUUCAGUUUUAUUGCUGCGGGCAAAGACACAACUACUUCUGCUCUUUCAUGGUUUAUUUAUAUGAUGUGUAAGCAUCUUGAUAUACAAGAUAAGAUUGCACAGGAAGUUAGAGAAGCAACAGGUCUGAAUAUUACUUCAAGCGCUGAUGAAGUUGCAGCCAACCUUACUGAAGAAGCCCUUAGCAAAAUGCAAUAUCUCCAUGCUGUUUUGUAUGAGACACUCAGACUUUAUCCUACAGUUCCAAUGAAUGCGAGGGUUUGUUUUUCGGAUGAUACCUGGCCAGAUGGACAUAGUGUGAGAAAAGGAGAAAUGAUCGUAUACCAACCUUAUUCAAUGGGCCGGAUGAAGCAUAUAUGGGGUGAUGAUGCAGAAGAGUUCCGGCCAGAGAGAUGGCUUGACGGAAAUGGCAAUUUCAAAGAAGAAAGCCCUUUCAAAUUCAUAGCCUUCAAUGCCGGUCCAAGAAUUUGUCUAGGAAAGGAUUAUAGUUAUCUGCAAAUGAAGAUAUUCUGUGCUGUGCUUUUAACCAAGUACAUAUUCAAGCUCACUGACGAGACAAAAGUGGUGGAAUACAGGACGAUGGUCACGCUCGAUAUCAAGAGACUUCAUGUUCAUGCCUUUCUAAGAGUUUGAGCAUUGCAAGAAAGUUGUAUCAGAUGUUAGUCUCAUAUUUGAAACAUUAAACUUGUGAUCAACAACUUCUUGUUGAUGAGCCUUUUCCAUAAGUAAAAUCAAGGUAUAUGCAUCAUUUGGCAUUACAAUAAAUCAAUAA